UCGGCAAUUGACAUCAGUUAUUAUUGGAUAUAGCGACGGAAAAGAAAAUUAUUUCGUGUUCCCGUGUACCUAAUAUUUGGACGCCCGUCGUCGUGACGCUUAUACAUGUAUGCAGUCCCUCUCGUGAACCUAUUAAUAUAUUUGCAAAAGCCGUGACAGGCUUAAUUUAACCCACCUCUAUGUCCACAACGAGGCGGUACACACGUGGUUAAAAGAAGUUUCAUAAUUUUAUUUGCUGACAAAAAAUCCUCUCCACUAAUAUUAUAUAUACGAAGACUGUAGGUAAUACUGAGUGUUAAAAUGUAUUCCAUUUCCAAUGUAUUCAACUCAAGACGAUAUACCGAGUGAAUAACUGAAGAAAAUAAAUUAAUUAACAGAAAAAUGUGGAAGACAAUUAUUCUUGAGCUCCUCAUAAUCUCAUCUGUACAAAUGAUGGAAAGAAGAAAAUGUUGCGAAGGUGAAAAUUUGAUAACGAUGAACAGCACUUGUGCAGACGAAACGGAAUUGGUAGCAGAAUUUAAAUGUGCAGAAACGUAUAUUUUGGACCCGAAAGACAUAUCUACGUAUAAUUUUACCCUAGACGAGCAUAACUAUUUAAUUAUUACACUAGAAAACUUCGUAGACAUUUAUGUUGUCCCAGACAUGUAUUGCUUAGGAAGACUUAACGAAACAGAUGAUGAAUCAGAAGAGGCAGCUAUAAUAUGUAAAACCGCCCCCGAAAAUAAUCCCAAUAACAUAUCGUAUUAUAUAAAAGCAACAUGUUCUGCAAUAGCUCUUUUUUUACUACUGGCAAUUGUUUUGAUUUAUUUAGCGGUUCCAACAUUGAAAGAUUUAUUAGGUAAAUGCAUCAUUAUAACAAUCUUUUCACUGACAGUGGCUUACACAAUUAUGGCAGUUUUACAAUUAUACAACGAUUUUCCGGGAGAUUAUUGCGUAUAUGCUGUUACAGGACUUUAUCUAUUUUUGUUAAUAGCAUUUUUCUGGCUGAACAUACUUUCUUUUCACGUUUUGCAAAAAGUUAUGAUGUUUUACGGGAGCACUGUAAAAUGGUUCGUAAUAUACUCAGUGUAUGGAUUUGGUACGCCCAUAAUUUUGCUGCUUUCCGCCCUUUUGACUCGCAAUCCAGGUAUUGAUGAGGACGUCUUGGAUCAUUUACAUAUGACAUGUUGGUUUGGAUCAAAGUCCACAAUGGUUUUUGUCUACGGCCCAGUAUUAAUUUUGUUAAUUUCCACUUCUGCCAUUAUUUUAUAUACGGUGAAAAAAUUAUGGAAUGACGUGGACCCCAAUAACGUGACAAGAAGAAUAGUAGUUCUACGAUGCAAAUGUUUACUAAUAUUUUAUAUGUUUCUUAUAAUGGGUAUUACAUGGAUGAUAGAGACAUUAGCAUUUUUUAUGAAUGAUAUUCAUGAAUACGUGAAAUACGUUUGGAACGUAAUUUAUUUUAACGAUUUUAUUCAAGCAGUUUUACUCUUUCUGGUACUCGUUAUAUUAAGAAAACGAACUUUGCGAGGUUUAGGUAUGUUUGGAUUUUUCUGUGUUAAUUGUCCCCAAAAAUGUCGUACUGUAAUAGACGAAGAGGAUGGAAAUCAGCCAUUUGUGCCAGAAAACAAGUCUUACAUAUAAACCUAUAAAGUUAGAAACACGGCUUUUCAUUUUUGUUAAAUAAAGUCCUAAAAAUGA